AUGAAGACAGCUGCCAAGGGCUUUGGGAAGUCUAUUAUGGCCCCUUGGCAUCGUGAGGGUUGGUGGAAUACGUGGAUAGUGCUCAUGGUGUACGUGGCCCUGGAGCUCGUAACGGUCCAUUCAUCGGUGGUCCUCGGGACCCUUGAGCUACAGCUGGACGAGGAGCAACCAGCGGGCACAAUCGUCGGGGACAUCAGCGCCGGGCUUCCUCCUGGCAUCACAGCCUCCCUGUUCUUCAUCUCAGACCACGAGGGAACAGGUGUCGGCAGUGAUUUGGACAUAGACGAGAGCACCGGCAUUAUUAAAACCGCCAAAGUCCUUGACCGGGAACUGAGGGACAGGUACAACUUUAUUGCCGUCACCAUGACAGGCGUGACCGUGGAGGUGACCAUCAAGGUGAAUGACAUAAACGACCACGCUCCAACUUUCUCAAAAAAACGGACGACGUUUAAAAUCCCUGAGCAGACGGCCAUCGGGACGAGGUUUUCUCUUGAGCCCGCCGUAGAUGCUGAUAAAGGCCAGUUGACGACCCAGGGUUACAUUAUCAAAGACGGAAAUGUUGGCCAGGCCUUCACAUUGGAGACCAGGAGAGGCAGCAAUGAGGUUCUCUAUCUGGACCUGGUGGUCAACGCCGUUCUAGACAGAGAGAAAAGAUCCACCUACACUCUAUCCUUGGAGGCGUUUGAUGGCGGUUCCCCUAAAAGGACGGAUCAGAUGACCUUAGAUAUUACUGUACAAGACAUUAACGACAACGCUCCUGUUUUUAACCAGAGCCGCUACCUUGCUAUAAUAUCUGAGAACCUCCAACCAGGAAGCAACAUCCUGCAGGUGUUCGCCACAGACGCUGAUGAAGGGGACAACGGGAUGGUGCUGUACGAAAUCAACCGGAGACAAAGCGACCCCGACCGUUACUUUGUCGUCGACCCUCGCACCGGUGUCAUCACGCUCAACAAGCCGCUGGACUUUGAGAUGCGGCGAGUCCACGAGCUGGUGGUCCAGGCGCAGGACAACUCCACCCAUCCGGAGGUGACCAACGCCUUCGUCACCAUCCACGUCAGAGACUACAAUGACAACCAGCCCACCAUGACCAUCAUCUUUCUCAGCGAGGACGGGUCUCCCAGAAUCUCAGAAGGAGCUCAACCGGGCCAGUUCGUCGCCAGGAUCUCCGUCACCGACCCGGACUACGGAGAGUACGCCAACGUCAAUGUGUCGCUGGAGGGAGGAGACGGAAAGUUUGCCCUGACCACGAAGGAUAGCAUCAUCUACCUGAUUUGCGUGGACAAGAUUCUGGACCGAGAGGAGAGGGACACCUAUGAGCUGAGGGUGAUGGCGACGGACUCGGGCACGCCUCCUCUCAGGGCCGAGUCCUCCUUCGUCAUCCAGGUGACCGACGUCAACGACAACCCUCCUCUGUUCGACCAGCCGGUGUACAGACAGGUUAUCCCCGAGGUGGUGUUCCCGGGGAGCUUUGUGUUGCAGGUGACGGCCAGAGACAAAGACCAGGGGCCCAAUGGGGACAUUAGCUACAGCAUCCUGCAAGGCCAAGGUGCCUAUUCCAACUGGUUCAGUAUAGACCCCGUUACAGGGAUUAUCACCACUCUCUCCCAGCUGGAUUAUGAAAAGAACCCCACUCCCAGUAUAACUGUGGUAGCCAGUGACAGAGGGAAGCCGCCCCUGUCCUCCACGGCUGUGGUCAACAUUGUGCUUCAGGAUAUAAAUGACAACGAGCCUGUUUUUGAGAGGAACUUCUACAAUGUCUCCAUCAAGGAAAGCACACUUCCAGGGACCUGCAUUCUCGAGGUGACUGCGACGGACGCAGACGGCGGCUCCUUCGGCUCCAUUACCUACUCCCUGGGCUCUGGCAUCAGCAGCGCCGCUCCCUCCCAGUUCACCAUCGGCAAGGAGACGGGCCAGAUCUGCACGAGUGCUCCACUGGACAGAGAUCAAGGGCCGGCCGGCUUCGACUUCACCGUUACCGCAGUGGACGGGGGUGGACUGAGUUCAGUAGCAUAUGUGAAGGUAGAUCUGGUCGACAUUAAUGAUAACAGGCCGGCGUUCUACCCGGUGAGCUACGCUGUUAGCUUGAGCACGCAGAGCGCCCCGGGGACAUCUGUUGUCAGAGUGACGGCCUUUGACCCCGACUCGGGAGAGAACGGACGAAUUACAUACAAGACCGUGCCCGGAGGGGCCUCCCCAUUCUUUACCCUCAACAAAGACACAGGUGUGAUCUCCCUGUCUCGCUCUGUCCAUGGAAAGGCCAACUCUGUCAUCCCCGUGGUGGUCUCAGCUCAGGACGGCGGUGGUCUGGUCGCCCUGGUCAAUGCCAGAGUCAACAUCAGCGUCGUGGCCGGGCUGGUGGCGCCUCCUGUGUUUGAACAGACCCAGUACUACUUCAUCGUGUCUGAGGACGUCCUGCGUGGAACAGUCGUGGGCAUCGUCCAGGCCAGCAGCAAGACAGGCUCCUCUAAAGAUAUCUCCUACACCAUCAGCUCUGGGGACCCUGCGGGUUACUUCACGGUGGAUCCAGACACUGGGGCCUUGAGGACGAGUCUGUCCCUGGAUCACGAAGCCCAGCCAACCCUUGAUUUAGAGGUGCAGGCCCGCAGUGGAAACCCCCCCGCCUUCGGCCAAACCCGUGUCCACAUUACCAUCGUAGACAUCAAUGACAACCCGCCGGUUUUCCUGCCCUCAUCUUCGGAGUCUCUGCUGCUGCCGGAGCACACAGAAAUGGGCACAGUGAUGUAUCGGGUCCAAGCUGAGGACAGGGACUCAGGAGUCAAUGGACAUCUCACCUUCGACCUCUCUUCUCCAAGUGUAAAUCAGAGGAUCUUCAGCAUAGAUCGCAGCAGCGGCGAGAUCCGAUUGGUCGGGAGCCUCAACUACGAAAGCAACCCUCGUUACGACCUCCAGGUGAUCGCCAAGGACAGUGGCGUGCCCCAGCUCAGCGCCACCUUCAUGCUCGUGGUCCACGUGCAGGCAGAGAAUGAUCAGGGACCCGUGUUUGAUACCCUCACCUACCGGGUGGAGUUAAAGGAGGGCACCCCGAUAAACACACGCUUCCUGCAAGUCCGAGCCCUGAACAGAGAGACCCCUGGCUCGGGCCACUUCAGUCCCCUGGCGUAUCACCUGCGUCCAGAUGGAGACGCUGCCGGGUUUGGCAUCGCGGCCGACACCGGCUGGCUGUUCGUGAAGAGCGCCCUCGACAGAGAAGUCAAGGACAUGUACCUCCUGACAGUGCUGGCGAGUGCAGGUCACGGGCAGUUAAAGAAGACGGGCAGUGCCACGGUGAGGAUAUCGGUCACCGACGAGAAUGACAACUCUCCCCGGCUCACUCAGGAGAGGGUCUUCAUGGCCGUGAGAGAGAACCUGCCGGCGGGAACGGGCUUCGGUCACGCGUCGGCCACGGACCGAGACAGCGGCCCCAAUGGACGCCUCAGCUACCGCCUCCUGCACCCUGACCGCCACUUCCAAAUAAACUCCAACACAGGUGAGAUCAGCACAAGGUCGACUCUGGACAGGGAGCAGCAGUCGAGCUACCAGCUGGUGGUGGUGGUGCAGGACGGGGGUUCGCCCCCCCGCAGCGCCACAGGCACGGCCUUCAUCACCGUCCUGGACGACAACGACAACGACCCCACUUUUACCCACAGCCAGCCGGGGAAAAACCUCAUCAUGCAGGUGACAGAAGGUCAGUCCUCUGGGGGUUUACUGGGCACGUUGCAAGCAAAGGACCCUGAUGAAGGAGAGAAUGGCACCGUGUUCUACUCUAUGUCAGGUCCCAGAGCGGAACGUUUCUCUUUAAACCCAAACACUGGCGAGCUGCGUUCAUCGUCUCCUCUGAGCCACUCGGAGCGGGCCGAGUAUUCGCUGACGGUGACGGCCACUGACAGAGGACUGCCCCCCCGCAGCACCUCCUGCUCCCUCGCCAUUCAGGUUCUCAGCAUUAACAGACAACCCUCCAACACCAAUUCACUCUCCUUAUCGUUCAACUCUGUGGAGGAAGCCAAGCCCGGCUCCGUCAUUGGCUCAGUCCGCCUCCGAGACAGAGAAAGCCUAGAGGAAGGCGAGGUGACCUACACAGUGGUUGGGGGAACUGACCGAGAUGGAACCUUCGUUGUCGACCGUCUCACCGGGGACGUUUAUCUGGCUCGCGCCCUCGACUACGAACGAGACGCCCACUACACCCUGCACAUUGAGGUGGAUGACCUCUCUCAGGACCCCCCCAGCAGCACCCUGGUCCACCUGGACAUUGACGUAGAGGACAGCAAUGACCACACCCCUGAGUUCCCCGAAGACCCAAUCACCAUCGUCAUCUCUGAGAGUAUGGAGCCCGGCUCUUCUGUCUAUACUUUCCAGGCUGUAGACAAGGACGGCAGUGGCCCCAACAGCGAGGUGAGGUACUCCAUUCUCCAGCAGUGGCCAGACACCCCGGGCCUUCUGCACCUCGACCCGUCCUCCGGGGUUCUCUCCUUGGGCCGGGAGCUUGACCAUGAGGUCACCUCCAGCCUGAUCCUGGUUGUAAAGGCGACAGACUCGGCCCUAGAGGUGAGCCAGAGGCGCUGGGGCUCUGUCACAGCGAGGGUGUACGUAACGGAUGAGAACGACAACCUCCCAGUGUUCAGCUCGCCGACGGCCGUCAGUGUGAUGGAGGACCAGCCGGUGGGCUUCGUGGUUUUGUACGUCAUGGCCAGAGAUGCAGACCAAGGGGAGAAUGGUCGAGUGACCUACAGCAUCGAGUCGGGCAACACUGGAGGAACGUUCAACCUCAACCCGAACACCGGCUCUCUGUCUAUCUUCAAACCUCUGGACCGUGAGGAGCAAGACGUCUUUAACCUUACAAUAAUCGCAGAGGAUCAUGGGGCGCCGCGGCAUUACCGCAACAGCCAGCUGCUGUGCGUCCAUGUGAUCGAUGUGAAUGACGAGGUGCCCUGGUUUGAGGAGAACCAGUACGAAGCCCAGAUCUCUGAAAACCAGCCUCCAGGAACCAGUGUGUUGACGGUUUCCGCUUCUGAUCUGGACCAAGGAACCAAUGGGAAGGUGACGUAUGGCGGUAUCUCAGUGGACGUCUUCCACAUCAACCCUGUGACGGGCAUCAUAACAACCACUGGGCCGCUGGACCGGGAGGUCCAAGAAUACUACACUGUGACAGUUUAUGCAAAAGACGGAGGCCUCUUACCCAACUAUGCUAAAGCGACAGUGAGGAUCAGAGUCCUCGAUGAGAAUGACAACGUCCCUGUGUUCGGACGUCUCUACUACAGCAUCGAGUUGCCUGAAAACCUGGAAGCUUUGCCUCUGUUCACCCUCAGAGCCACGGAUCAAGAUGCAGGAGACAGUGCGGAGAUAAAGUACAGAAUUACAGCUGGAGACCCAUCUGGAGACUUCCACUUGGACGGGCGAUCAGGAGUGCUGUCCACUUUGAGGCCUCUGGAUCGGGAGAGGAUGGCUGCUCACACCCUAACAGUCACAGCUCAGGACCAAGGCCACCCUCCCCUCAGCAGCACCACCACCGUGGAGGUUACCGUGCUCGACAUCAACGACCACAGCCCCCAGUUUCAGAGCAGCAGCUACACUGCAGACGUUUCAGAAGACGUUUCCAUUGGCUCCUUGGUCCUUGAGGUGAAAGCCACCGACCUGGACACGGGCUCAAACAGCCAGGUGAUGUACUUUCUGAGCCGUGGCUCCCAGAGUAUGUUCAUCAUCGAUGAGAACACGGGCCGCAUUAUCACAGCAGCGCCGCUUGACAGAGAGAGAACCGCUUCUUACACCUUUGAGGUGUGUGCCACCGACUCCUCCCCAGCGAACCCACGCAACUCCACUGCUCAAGUGACCGUCUACAUUCAAGACGUGAACGACAACGCUCCCUUUUUCAUUCUGGACCCGCUCAUUGUGAACAUCUCCGCCACUAGCGUGUCUAGCCGGCGAGUGCUGGCCACCAUGAGGGCGGAGGACAAGGACUUUGGGGCAAACGGCUCAGUUUUCUAUCGUUUUGCAAACCCUGUGAGGGGCUUUACCAUCAACUCGCUGACAGGAGACAUCCAGGCCACGGAGAACAUGCAAUCUCUGACCCAGAGCCAAAGGACUUUGAUCAUUCAGGCCAUGGACCAAGGCAACCCGGCUCAGUCCUCCCUCGGAGUGGUUAUCAUUUACAUACGGGAGCAGAGCUACAGAGGGAUUCGUUUCUCCCGCACAGCUCGAGAUGUCAGUCUGCAAGAGAACGCAGCCAAAGGUACAGUAGUAACACAGACUCAGGCCCAGUACCCUGAUGGCUCCCAAUCUGGCAUCAGCUACAGUCUUUUCAGUGGAAACAGGAAGCAGUCUUUUGGAAUCAACGCCAUCACCGGUGAAAUAUGGGUCCAGAAAUCCGAAGUCCUAGACUAUGAGGAGACCCCGAAACUCCGCCUUGUGGUGAAAGCUGAGACGGCAGCCUCCAGCUCCUACAUGGCUGUCAACUUAAUCCUGCAGGACGUCAACGACAACUUGCCACGCUUCCAACUCCAGAACUACGUAGCCUACAUCAGAGAGGCACAGGGAUACGAUUUUCCCAUUAUCCAGGUUGCAGCAGACGACCUGGAUCAGGGUCAGAACGGUCAGGUGACCUACUCCAUCAGGUCGUCGACCCUGAGCGGCUUGUUUAAGAUCGACCCGCUGACCGGAAGCAUCACCACAGCAGCCAUUAUGGACCGAGAGAUCUGGACGCAGACAAAGCUGGUUGUUACGGCAACAGACCGGGGAUCCCCGCGGCUGGCUGGCUCUGCCACUCUCACUGUGAUCAUCAUCGACCUCAACGACAACAGUCCCAUGAUUCCUCUGCAUCGAGAGAUCCAUGUGCCCGAGGACACGCUGAUUGGCACAGUCAUCACCACGGUGACAGGGAACGACGUGGACUCGGGGCCGGCCCUCUCCUACACACUACACCUGGAUACAAGCAGCCAAGGCCUGUUUGGAAUUCACCGCUACGGAGGAGGAGUAUCUCUGACCGGCCCUCUGGACUUCGAGGAGCGGACCUGGUACACGCUGACCAUCCGCUCGUCCGACUCCAGGCAUCAGAGCGAGGCCAACCUCACCGUGCUGGUGGAUGAUGUGAACGAUAACGCCCCCACCUUUACUCAAGACUUGUAUCAGGUGACCGUGUCAGAGCACCUCCCAGCAGGCAGUGCUGUCGUCACGGUAACAGCCACUGACCGAGAUUCUGGGGAGAACGGGAAGAUUACCUACAGGGUCAUGUCAUCAACUAGGGGCGUCUUCUACAUUGACCCAAACAAUGGGACUUUGUUCAUCAACCAAAAAACUGAAUUUGACCUGGAGAAUCCCUCCAUCCUGGUGCUGAUUGAGGCGAAGGACCAGGGCACGCCACCGCUCUCAUCCAUCGCCACCGUCCAGGUCCAAGUGUCUGAUGUCAACGACAACACCCCCAUCUUCCACCAGUCAGAGUACAGAGUCACUGUGUCUGAAGACGGCCUUCCUGGAUCAACUGUUCUGAUCUUAGAAGCUGUAGACGGAGAUUUGUCUCGGGACAACUGUGGUUUCGAUUUCGCUAUUGCCAGUGGCAACUCGGGUAAUGCCUUCCAGAUUGAGAGCAGCGUGCGCUUCUUGGAGGGCCAGGGCUUCCAGACGGUCGGCAGCCUGAUCCUGGUGGAGGAGCUGGACUUUGAGGCGGUGCCCAGUUAUAACCUGACUGUCGUGGUGUCCGAUCGAGGAAUCCCUCAACGUAGCUCCAGCGUGCCUAUCCUUAUCAGCGUUUCGGAUGCCAACGACAACCCUCCAGCUUUCAGCCGGUCGGAGUACAGCGUGGUGCUGAGUGAAGGUGCGGCAGCAGGGACAGAGAUUUUGCAUCUAUCUGCCACAGAUCCAGACUCUGCUCCCAAUGGAGAGGUGCAGUACUUCAUAAGCUCAGGGGACGAGACGGACAUUUUCCAGGUGGACCAGUGGACCGGAGCCUUGAAGCUGCAGAGACCUCUGGACAGCGAGAGACAGUUGAAGCAUAUCAUUGUUGUUCAGGCCACUGAUGGCCAAGGGCACUAUGCUCUGGCCCCAGUCAGAAUUGAGGUGAAGGACAUCAAUGACAACCGCCCCUACUUUCCCCUCAAACUUGUAACUGCAAGCAUCAGGGAGAAUCAGCCCCAGAACGCCUUAGUCACCAUGCUGCAUGCAAUCGACCAUGACAGAGGUGUGUUUGGACAGUUGAGGUACUACAUGUUGGACAACUCUCAAGAGGGAAGAGACGCAUUCCUCAUCAACCAAACUUCCGGGGAAGUGCGGACUCGCUCCACAUUUGACUUUGAGAAGGUAACCUCCCUGGAUUUUGUGGCUGUCGCCAUGGAUGCCGGCAACUAUUCUGCCAGUGUAACAGUGCAGGUCUAUGUCACGGGGGAGGAUGAAUAUGAUCCUGUCUUCACAUCCCCGGAGUUCCUGUUUGAAGUGCCUGAGGGAGCAAAGAAAGGUCAGAUUAUUGGCAAAGUACAAGCCAGAGAUGAGGAUGGAGGCGUGGACGGCAUUGUUCUCUAUUCCCUCGCAGACAGUUCGCCUUAUUUUGAGGUCAAUAAAUCAACAGGAGCUGUCUCCUUAAAGAUGGACAGCUAUAGUUCACAUACGAGUCGCUCUAAAAGAGACGUGCGUCUGAUGACACUGGACGUGACGGCUCACAGCCCUCUGGAGACAUCACGCAAAGCUGUGGCGAAAGUUUCCGUAGACGUGACCCACACGUCCUUUGGUCUCACAACAGACAUGAACAUGCUGCUCAUCGGUGUCAUCGCAGUUUCAUUAGCGGCCAUCGUCAUUCUAACCGUCAUCGCCGUGGCUCUGUUUUGUGUGAAACUAAGACGUCGGAAGAAGGAGAAAAAAGCCAACAAACGAGCACCGACAUGUGGCACGAUGCUGCACAAGUUCGAAGAAACAAAAAUAACGGCAAAUGAAAUGAUUUACCACCAGGCCCUUCCAGGAUACACAACGAGUCAAAGUGGCGGUGGUGGGGGUCCGUUCCCCCGUGGUGGAUCGCUGGAUCCCUCCCACUCCAGCGGGCGUGGCUCUGCAGAGGCCGAGGCAGCGGAUGAUGAUGAGAUCAGAAUGAUUAACGAAUACCCACGAGUGUCGAGCAUCUCCUCAUCCAUGCAGGAGCGCAUCUCAGCCCGGGGGCCGGACUCCGGAAUCCAACAGGACGCAGACCAGCUGUCGGACGUGUCCUGCGAGCCGUCCAUAGACUGGUUCAAAGGGAAGAAACUGGGCAGUCUGAAUAGUACUUUGUUAGCCGGCCAGGUGCCAGUGUACAGGGACGAGGGGGGAGGGUAUGUGGGUGUGGGACGGGGACUCAGCAUCUCACAUCCUAAAGACUAUACCUUUCCAGAGGAUGGGAAGCCAGCUGUGGACGGCUCCCUAACAGCCAUCGUGGCCAGUGACGAGGAGCUGAGGGGAAGCUAUAACUGGGACUACCUGCUUAACUGGUGUCCCCAGUUCCAACCCUUAGCCAACGUUUUCACUGAAAUAGCGCGAUUAAAAGAUGAGACCGCUCCCCCUCAGUCCCGCAGGUCAUUUCAUCACAAAGCGAAGCCCGAGUCGAGAAUCGACCCCCCGCCUCUCAUAACCUCUGUGGCCCACCCGGGGGCCAAAACUGUUCCUACAAAGCCCGCCGUCACGAGGACGUUCCCACACUUGUCUUCUUUCCGACGAUCUCCCAUCAGCGCUGAGGGGUCGAUCUCCUCGGUCGCCAUGUCUCCCAGUUUCUCGCCCUCUCUGUCUCCGCUGGCGGCUCGUUCUCCUGCCAUCACGCCCUUCAGCGUCUCGCAGGGACCCUCGGCCUCCAUGAUCAGCGCAAACGAACACCAUUUGGAACACAGCGAGGAGGCAGAGCUGAGGAUUUGA